CUCUUUUCUUCUUCAUUUAGAAAAGAUACAAAUAACGAAGUUAACACAAAUCUAAAACGACGUCGUCUAACGCUGCUUUUGAUGGCUUCCGGGCCAAGGCAAAUUCAUUCCUUCUCCCCUCCGAAGAUUUAACACCAGACUUCAUUUGGGGCAGUGAAGGAGAACACUAGCGAUGGCAAGCGAGGCAGAAGACGCUGUGCGACGCCGUACCGCCGUCACCGACUACCGGAAAAAGCUCCUCCAGCACAAGGAGCUCGAAUCCAGGGUCCGAGGAGUCAGAGAAAACUUGCGAGCUUCGAAAAAGGAAUUUUCCAAAACUGAAGAUGAUUUAAAGUCUCUUCAAAGUGUUGGGCAGAUCAUUGGCGAAGUUCUGAGGCCUCUUGACAAUGAGCGUUUGAUAGUUAAAGCAAGCAGUGGUCCAAGGUAUGUGGUUGGCUGCCGCAACAAAGUGGACAAGGAAAAACUAACUUCAGGCACGCGAGUGGUUCUUGAUAUGACCACUCUCACUAUCAUGCGUGCACUUCCACGUGAGGUGGACCCGGUUGUGUAUAACAUGCUUCAUGAAGAUCCAGGCAAUGUUAGCUACUCAGCAGUUGGAGGGCUGUCAGAUCAGAUCCGGGAGCUCAGGGAAUCUAUAGAACUGCCUUUAAUGAAUCCCGAGCUCUUUCUUAGAGUGGGUAUCAAACCUCCUAAGGGUGUUCUUCUCUAUGGACCUCCUGGAACAGGCAAGACAUUAUUAGCCAGAGCAAUUGCUAGCAACAUAGAUGCCAAUUUCUUAAAGGUUGUCUCAAGUGCCAUAAUUGAUAAAUAUAUAGGUGAAAGUGCAAGAUUGAUAAGGGAGAUGUUUGGCUAUGCGCGCGAUCAUCAACCAUGUAUCAUCUUUAUGGAUGAGAUUGAUGCCAUUGGUGGUCGCCGGUUCAGUGAAGGAACUAGUGCUGAUCGUGAAAUUCAGAGAACACUAAUGGAGUUGCUGAACCAGCUAGAUGGGUUUGAUCAGCUUGGAAAGGUUAAAAUGAUUAUGGCGACAAAUAGACCUGAUGUGUUGGACCCUGCGCUUCUUCGUCCAGGGAGAUUAGACAGGAAGAUAGAAAUUCCAUUGCCAAAUGAGCAAUCAAGAAUGGAAAUCCUCAAAAUCCAUGCUGCUGGAAUUGCCAAACAUGGAGAAAUUGAUUAUGAAGCAGUUGUAAAGCUUGCUGAGGGGUUUAAUGGUGCUGAUCUGCGUAAUGUCUGCACUGAAGCUGGAAUGUCAGCUAUUCGUGCAGAGCGUGACUAUGUCAUCCAUGAAGAUUUCAUGAAGGCUGUGCGUAAACUAAACGAAGCGAAGAAACUUGAAUCCACUGCACACUACAAUGCUGAUUUUGGAAAGGACUAAGAUCCUCUUUGUGCUAUCAGUUGGGAACGUCUCUGGCUGUAUGGAAACUGAAUCAAGCUAAGAAACACAAGUAUGUGCCUGCGGCAGUGCUGGCCUUUGAAGCAUUUGCAAUCCCAGUUUGUUGGAUUUUAAGUGACAUGGAUGACUGAUGGUGCAACGUGAUGUUCAGUAAGAUAUAUUCUGGUUUUGUAGGGAACACUCAUUGCAAUUAUUGGAAGUUUGGGUUUGUUAAUGUGUGUUUAUUCAUACUGUGGAUAAUGAUCAGAAAUCUGACUGCAGCAUGGAGAAAUUUUCACCUUCAUUAUUUCUGGCAGCAAGGAACAAUCCAAAUAAAUCAUAUAUUUUAGAGCUUACUUGA